GUUUACAGUAAUAAACGAAUACUUUAUUUGUAACAUAUUUCACAAAAGUUUUUGGUGAUUAUAAAUUUCAAAAAUAAGUGAACUUCCUGACGGCAUAUACGUUUAAAUUGGCCACCAUGGACUCAAGUUCCAACGAAGACGUCAAAAGACUAGAAGAGGAAUUAAAACGUAAGACAAUAGAAAAUACACGAAGAAAACAAGAAAAUUUGCUACACACCUCGCAACCCGAAGGGAAUACUUCUUCUUCGUCAAAGCCUACAGAUCUAACGGGAAUAGAAGACACUCCAAACCAGCAAGCUGCUCUAUUUGAAGACAGUCAUCAAAUUAAGGGAAACACCGAAGAAAAUACACUUCGAGGAAACCGGGCUGGAAAAGGACAAGAUGGUGAAACAAAUAAAACUUUGUCGGAAAAGAUUUUUGAGAAACGAGCGGGAACUACCGACAAGGGUAAAAAAUACGAAGAUCUGGUUACCGCUAAUGUCGCACUGCAAAUGGUAAGCGACAGUAAAAUAAGAGAUUUCCACAUUUCUUCGAACGAUAAAAAUUUUGGUGAUUUUGACGACGUGGUUAUUGAAAUUGAAACCGAUAGAGGAACAAAAACAAAAGCACUGCAAUUAAAACACAGUAUUAAAAAAAAACAAUUAUAUAUAAAGCAGCUGGCAGGCAAAAAGGGAGACUUUAGUUUAAUCAAAUAUUUCAAAUCUGCUCAAGAGAUUCAAGGCGAAGUCCAAGAAUUUAUAUUAUUCACCACAAAUACAUUUGAAACUUCAGAAGAAACAAAAUUUAAACUAGAAGGAGAAGAGUUUCACCUGAAGCCGAUUAAAAAGACAGUUUCAGGAGACGAUUUCGGCGUUUUAAGAAUUUCUGAAAAUAUAAAUUAUUAUCAUAUAUUUCAAAUCGUAGAGGACGAAUGGACUAAAAAAAAUCCCGAAAAAAUUCAGCACUACCGAACAUUCUUCGAAAGCUUUCGUCUUUAUACCCACCAAGAAUGUUUUGAAGCUCUUACAAAAUCAACAAUGGAUAGAUUUAAUAAGAUGUUUUGCUCUAACGAAGAAACUUUUAAGAAAUAUGUCGACGUCAUAUCGGAAUGGAGUUUGAAAGACGGGAAAAAAGAAACACUAAGCAAAAGAAUGAUGCAACGUACAAUUGCACUUCGUGUACUCUCCUCUCAGAUUGAACCAUUUGUUUUUGUUUCAGUCACGGACGAAAUGAAAAUACUUCGAGAGGCUAUUUGUCUAUUUGACAUUACGUUGUUGGAAAAAAAAGGCAGCAACGCAAUUAAACAGUUGUGGGGCGACUUGCACGAAAACCUUGACCUUACGGAACUAAACAAAAUUCGAUUACUUUAUUCUCUUUCUUGUGAUUAUAUAAGUAGUGUCGAAAAUGUAGAUGCAAAUUUGUUGACACAAUUGUUAUGGCUGAUGGAGAAAUGUCCGCUUAUUGUAAAAGAACACGACAAUAUAGAAAAGGCUAUUAAGGUUUGUCCAGAUGCAAAAUUUAUUAUACUUGGCGAAGGAAAAUAUGAAGAAUGGAUGAAAGAACGCUCUGUCUUUCAAAACUUAUCCAACUUGAAAUCAAACGGUGAAUUGCGUGACAAAAUACUACAAAAUUUCACCGUUUCUUUACAAGGGAAAGAAGCACUUAAUUUGGUGACCGCUUUCGAAAAAAAUGAAGAAAUUUUCGAGCAUGUUACUGUGGGAAAUGUUUUAGAAAUGAAUAAUGGUCCAUGCCAUGUAGAUAGACAAAAGGAAGUUUUCCCCAAUCUUUAUGUCGAUAGAUAUUUAUCAGUCAAUAUUAUAGAUAUUAAAUAUUUAGAACAUGUUAAUCGAAACACCGUUAUCAUUUUAAAUUGCGACGGUAAUUCUCAGCAAUUGAAAAUAUCGAAAAAGCAUACUCUAACAGACAUUGACGGUUUUUUAAGUAAUGCAGACGCCAAAAUUUUUGAUAACCCAAUUUUUAUUAGAAGUGAAAAUAAUUAUUGGGAUUCCGAUUUUCAAAAAAUAUGUUCUAAAACACCACCAUCUACAACCGUACACUAUUUUAAAUUUGCCAACCACGAAAACUUAGAAUGGAUUCGAAGCAGGGGCGAUGUUAAUGAAUUGCGAAAUUGUAAAUUACCUAGUCGUUCCAAAAACGAAAACGAAAUUUGGUCUUCCGAAUUCAGCAACAACAUAAAUCUAAUAACAGGUGACCCAGGAAUGGGCAAAACCGAGUUGACGAAGAGUCUAAAAAACAACUGUUGCUCUAAAUAUUGGACGGUGAUUCUGAGCGCUCAAGAUGUUAUGUCUUUCUUUAAAAAUUCAGGAAAAUCUGAAAUAUCACCAGACUUAAAACUAUUCCAAACAUUUAUUUUAAAGGAAAAAUAUCCACACCUCACUGGAAUGGAACGAGAAGUUUUCACAAUGUGUUUAAAGCAGCGCAAUGUGGUUUUUGUAUGGGACGGCCUUGAUGAAAUAUUUACUCACUAUUUAAGUGGUACUUUAGAUCUCAUUCUUAUGUUAUCACAAAAAGGUUUCAUUCAGUGGGUUACUGCAAGGCAACAUUUAAAAUCUUCUCUUGAAGAAAAAUUAAAUACUCUGUCAGUGAGUGUCAAUCAGUUCAGAGACAUCGAGCAAGACGACUACAUUCAGAAACGUCUUAAUAGUUUUAUAGCGUCUGUAGAUAUAAAAUCAGUCAUCGAGAAAAUUAAAUCCACGUUUGCAUUUACAAAACAUAUAGAUAUAUUGGGAAUCCCACUUCAAAUAUAUAUGCUUACAGAGGUAUUACUUAAAAAUAAGGAAAAAUAUUUUGAGUUAUUAAAUAAUAAAUUUCUGUUGACCGACAUGUAUCGUUAUUUUAUUGACGGAAAAAUGAAGUUUUUCUAUGAAAGCAAAUAUCCUGUUAACAGUGACCAUGAGGAAAAAGAAGUUUGGAAGAAAAAAGAAGAAAAAUUAAAACUCUAUGAAAAGUUGGCGCUCAAAGUAAUAUUUCCUGAAGAUGUUUUGGAACAAUUAAAGAUAGAUUGUUCGCAAAAGAUAGAUUCUGUUUCUGAAGAUUUCGCAACUGUUGGUAUCGUGACUGGACUACAAAACGGUAUUCCGCAAUUUGCACAUGCUUCUUUUGCCGAAUAUUUUGUUGCCUUAUAUUUUUCUAAAAAUUUUGGAUUGAUUCAGAAGGACAUAUUUCUUGAUCCAAAGUAUAAUAAUGUGCGUUUCUUCUUCGACAUGUUAACUAGCAAAAAUUCACCGGUUCACAUCGCGAUUCUAUACAGAAAUUUUGAUGAGGUGAAGAGUUUUGACGACGAAAUAAUAAAAGGUAAAGAUCACUGUGGAAGAAGUGCCUUACAUCUCAUUUGUUCUUGGGGACAAAGACAUGGGCGUUUAAAAGUACAAACAAAAUUGAUGGGUUAUGUUAUCGAAGCAAACGAGGAAAUUAUAAAUGGUUCAUUAGAAACGAAGGAAUAUUCUAAAGCGUUAUUGUUUUUGUUAGAUAAAUGUGAAAUAUUAGAAGAAGAUUUUUUACAUAUCACACCCUUAGCAUGGGCACGAGAAAGUCAAAGUUUGGGAGCGGAACUCGAAUUAUUACAGUCGCGCAAAUUACACCUAGAAGGCUCGUAUAGUCGAAGUGACGAAAUUAAUAUUUUAUUUUUUGCCGCUUUGCACGGAUACGUAGAAGCGUUUAAAAUGAUUGUUAACAAACAAUUAUUUUCAUUUUUCAGUAUUUUUAAGAAACAAGUAAAUUUUAUUGUUGAAUUCGAUGGCAGUACGCCGCUUAUAAUAGCUUCUCGACGGGGACAAGUAACAGUUGUAGAGUACUUCGUCGAAUGCGGAGCCGAAAUCAAUCGCGCUGAUAAAUAUGGUCGGACACCGCUUUUCGCAGCUUCCUCUCAAGGUCAUGAAAAAAUUGUCGAAUGCCUGGUGAGAUGCGGAGCAGAAAUCAAUCGCGGUGAUAACGAUGGUCGGACACCGCUUUUCGCAGCUUCCUCUCAAGGUCAUGAAAAAAUUGUCGAAUACCUGGUGAGAUGCGGAGCCGAAAUCAGUCGCGCUGAUAACGAUGGUCGGACACCGCUUUACGCAGCUUCCCUGGAAGGUUACGAAAAAAUUGUCCAAUGCCUGGUGAAAUGUGGAGCCAACAUCGAUCGCACUGAUGUAUAUGGUAUGACACCGCUUUACGCAGCUUCCUCUCAAGGUCACGAAAAAAUUGUCGAAUUCCUGGUGAGAUGCAGAGCCGAAAUCAAUCGCGCUGAUAAACAUGGUCGGACACCGCUUUUCGCAGCUUCCUCUCAAGGUCGCAAAAAAAUUGUCGAAUGCCUGAUGGAAUGCGAAGCCGAAAUCGAUCGCGCUGAUGUAUAUGGUAUGACACCGCUUUACGCAGCUUCCUCUCAAGGUCACGAAAAAAUUGUCGAAUCCCUGGUGAGAUGCGGAGCCGAAAUCAAUCGCGCUAAUAAAGCUGGUCGGACACCGCUUUACGCAGCUUCCCUGGAAGGUCACGAAAAAAUUGUCGAAUGCCUGGUGAAAAGCGGAGCUGAAAUCGAUCGCUCUGUUGUAUAUGGUAUGACACCGCCUUACGCAGUUUCUUCUCAAGGUCACGAAAAAAUGGUCGAAUGCCUGGUGAAAUGCGAAGCCGAAAUUAAUCGCGCUGAUAAUAAUGGUCGGACACCGCUUUACGCAGCUUCGUCUCAAGGCCACGAAAAAAUUGUUGAAUGCCUGGUGAAAUGCGGAGCCGAAAUCGAUCGCGCUGACAAAGAUGGUUGGACACCGCUUUACGCAGCUUCCUCUCGAGGUCACGAAAAAAUUGUCCAAUGCCUGGUGAAAGGCGGAGCUGAAAUCGAUCGUGCUGUUGUUUAUGGUAUGACACCGCUUUACGCAGUUUCUUCUCAAGGUCAAGAAAAAAUGGUCGAAUGCCUGGUGAAAUGCGGAGCCGAAAUCAAUUGCGCUGAUAAUAAUGGUCGGUCACCGCUUUACGCAGCUUCGUCUCAAGGUCACCAAAAAAUUGUUGAAUGCUUGGUGAAAUGCGGAGCCGAAAUCAAUCGUGCUGAUAAAAAUGGUUGGACACCGCUGCACGCAGCUUCUAAGAACGGCCACAAAACAAUUGUCGAAUACCUAAAAAAAUGCGGAGAAAAAGAAAAUUUCUCUCUGCGUCCGUUAGGAGUCGACUGA